AUGGACACUGUUCUAGAAGCUAAGCUGGGUGCCACUGGCCACGGUCCCCGCACAGACUUCGAUGAUGAUGAUUACCAUCCUCAGGGCAGCUGGGACACAGUCUUCCUGGUCUCUCUGCUGCUUCUGGGACUACCAGCCAAUGGGCUGAUGGCGUGGCUGGCUGGCUCACAGGCCCGGCACGGGGCUGGCACGAGGCUGGCCCUGCUCCUGCUCAGCCUGGCCCUUUCUGAUUUCUUAUUCCUGGCAGCAGCGACUUUCCAAAUCCUGGAGAUCCAGCAUGGAGGGCACUGGCCGCUGGGCACCCCCGCCUGUCGUUUCUAUUACUUUCUAUGGGGUGUGUCCUAUUCCUCUGGCCUCUUCCUACUGGCAGCCCUCAGCCUGGACCGCUGCCUGCUGGUACUGUGCCCGAGAUGGUACCCAGGGCACCGCCCAGCCCACCUGCCCCUCUGGGUCUGUGCUGGGGUCUGGGUGCUGGCCACCCUUUUCAGUGUGCCCUGGCUGGUCUUCCCCGAAGCCACCGUCUGGUGGUACGACUUGGUCAUCUGUCUGGAUUUCUGGGACAGUGAGGAAUUGCCCUUGCGGAUGCUUGAAAUCCUGGGGGGCUUUCUGCCCUUCCUCCUGCUGCUGGUCUGCCAUGUGCUCACCCAAGCUGCUGCCUGCCGGACCUGCUGCAGUCACCAGCCCCAGCCCCCAGCCAGCCAUGGCUUUGCCUGCAUAGCCAAAACCAUCCUGUCAGCCUAUGUGGUGCUGCGGCUGCCGUACCAGCUGGCGCAACUGCUCUACCUGGCUUUCCUGUGGGACUUCUAUCCUGGGUACUUGCUCUGGGAGGCACUGAUCUAUUCUGAUUACCUGAUCCUGCUCAACAGCUGCCUGAGCCCCUUCCUCUGCCUGGCAGCCAGUGCUGACCUCCGGGCCCUGCUGCGCACAGUGCUCUCCUCCUUUGCAGCUGCUGUCUGUGAGGAACAGCCUGGAAGCUUUACACCAGCUGAGCCACAAACCCAAGUGGCCUCUGAAGGCAUGACUCUGCCAGGACCAAUGGCUGAGGCCCAGCCACAGUCAGAUCCUGUGGUCCAGCCUCAAGUGAACACCUCACUCCAGCCACGAUCAGAUCCCAUUGUUCAGCCUCAGGUGGACUCCCUGGCCCAGCCACCAUUGGACCCCAUGGUUCAACUUGAGGUGAACUCUCUGAUUCUGCCACAGUCAGAUUCCGUGGCCCAACCUCAGGCGGACUCCCCAGCCCAGCCACAGUCAGAUUCUGUGGCACAUCCCCAGGUGGACUCCCUGACCCAGUCACCAUUGGACCCCAUGGUUCAGCCUGAUUUGAAGCCCCCAGCCCAACAACAUUUGGAUCCUGUGGGUGAGCCACAAUCUAGCAAUGAGACCCAGAUCCCUGCCUGUGGAGCAGAGUCAGUCCCAAACCCUGGUGAGGAAGCCUCCCUUGGCCCAUCCCCAGAUCCCUCCCCUGGGGCCCCUGAGAACCCAGCCACACCAGCUGUCCCUGAAGGAGAAAGCCCCAACAGUGUUCCUCCAGAGGAGGCCCCCAGUGCAGGCCCUACAUGA